AUGCAGCGGCCGGAGGCCUGGCCACGUCCGCACCCGGGGGAGGGGGCCGCGGCGGCCCAGGCCGGGGGCCCGGCGCCGCCCGGCCGAGCCGGGGAGCCGGCGGGGCUGCGGUUGCAGGAACCUUCCCUCUACACCAUCAAGGCUGUUUUCAUACUAGAUAAUGAUGGACACCGCCUCCUGGCCAAGUAUUAUGAUGAUACAUUCCCCUCCUUGAAGGAGCAGAUGGCCUUCGAGAAAAAUGUCUUCAACAAGACCAGCCGGACUGACAGUGAGAUUGCAUUUUUCGGGGGCAUGACCAUCGUCUACAAGAACAGCAUUGAUCUCUUCCUGUAUGUGGUGGGCUCCUCUCACGAGAAUGAGCUGAUGCUUAUGUCCGUUCUCACCUGCCUGUUUGAGUCCCUGAGCCACGUGUUAAGGAAGAACGUGGAGAAGCGCUGGUUGCUGGAGAACAUGGACGGGGCCUUCUUGGUGCUGGACGAGAUUGUGGAUGGCGGCGUGAUUCUGGAAAGCGACCCCCAGCAAGUGAUCCAGAAAGUGAAUUUUAGGGCAGAUGACGGCAGCCUGAGCGAACAGAGUGUGGCCCAGGUUCUUCAGUCUGCCAAGGAACAAAUUAAAUGGUCGUUACUGAAAUGAAGCCUGUGCAUUCAGGUCUCCCUGCCCCCAGAGCAUUUCCGCAAUCCUGGCAAAAGCUCAAAGACCCCAGGGAACAGGAGAGAUCCUUCUGUAUUCCUAAGCCCUCCCAGAACUGACUCCUGAGGUCUCUGGCCAGGGACUCUGAGAUGCAAAGAUUGGGCUUCAGCACUGACUCACCCCUUCUCACUGCCCUGGCCUGCCCCUUGAGCUAUGAGAACCAGCUGAGCUGCCUUAACUCAGACCUUAGGCAUCCCUGGCCCCAGAACCCUAAUAAACCUGCUUUGUCUCCUGCCAA